AUGCGCCAGGCUGCGCUCGGCAGCAUUGUCCUUCAGAACGAUGACAUCGGCCCUGUAGAAGAAGGUGAUGCCGCAGGUGUUGACACAGAUUCCGAAGUCGGGCGCACAAUCAUGACUUGUCGAGUCUUUGUGCCCCACUUCCAUGUAAGGACCGUCGAGUUCGACCUACCCCUACCCUGCCCAUACCAGGUCCUCUUAGACACGGCCAAGAGAGCUUUGCGUCUUCCGGACAACGGUUUCAGCCAAGCUGUUGUUGCAACAGUACCGCAACUGUCACCGGACCACGGCACCCUAGUACUGGUACCAGAUUGGGUUGCUAGCUCUGGGCUAGAGGUAGUGGUUUUUGAUUUCGAGCCGCUGAACGGUCCAGCAUAUGCCGCCUACGUUGACCAAUCACUCAGCCACUGGGACUGUGUGCGGGAGGCCCGACACCAAGGCCUCGAGGAUUGGGACGUAUUCGCCUUCGGGGGGUCUAGACCCUUAGCCAGCGGCGACACAUGCCUCGCUGUUCCGGGUGGCGUGCUCCAGUUUCGUCCGAAGGGUCAGUCCCCGUGGUGUCACGGCACGCUCGCUGCCCGCCUUGAUCGCCCGCAGUGGUGGUUUGCAGAGCCCCGCUUGCCUUCCGCGCCUGUCGAGCGACCGCUCUUCAUAUCCUAUGGCGACCAGCAUCUACUGUUUUCAGGUCGCAGGUACCCCGGGGUUGAUGUGCGGACCUUCCUUGCUGAUCUUGUGGAUCGCGCCCCAGGCAAUGUACUCCUAGGUGCUGCCACCGGUCCAGCCCUAAGCGAUAUAGGAUUCCAUGGCCAUCAGUGCAGGGAUGCAAUGGCGGUUGUUCCGCUUACGCCGACACCGGAGCGCACAGGUGCGUCAGAAGACAGCGAUUCUGAUACCGACGAAAUCAGUACCGCCGACGCGGCUAAAGUUUGGGAUGCUUCUGAUCGGUUCCAUGAUUGGCGGAUGCUUCGCUCUUGUCUUGCGGUAUGCUUGAUGGCCAUCGUGGUGGGCGUCCUGUGCUUCUGUCUUACACGACGGCAGUCUGCGAAGGCCUCCACAGCUGGUGGUUCCCCUCAUACCACCUUCAAGCCUCUGCCCUGCCGCGCCACACAGCCCAGAAUCCCUAUCUGCCGCAUGCGCUUGCUAACGGAGCCCGGUGGUUCAUGUCCCGCCAGCCGCUCUAUUAUCCGGAGGCUGCGUCAAGUCACAUUGGACUUUGGAGGAACGUGGCCCUAUAUCACAGAUCCAACUGCAGAUCCCUCCGUGCCUUCAGGAGCUUGGUCGGAUGGCGAAGACAGUACUCCCACAGAGGAAUGGUUGUGGGUUUGCUUCACGAUCCUAAUGCCAGGGUUUGCCCCGGAGACCCGCAUGGUCCAGCUGAGCUUCCCAGCUACGCUUGAAGAGGCGUUAGUUACUGCCCAACAGGCAAGGCAGGCCGACAUUGCCGGACAGUUUCCGCACCUCAUUGAGGCCUCCCCACAACCUGUCCCAGGACAUGGCAUCCUUUUGGGAAGCCCCAACUGGGCAGCCUCGUCUAUGCUAGUAUGUUUCGAUUUGUCGUCCAUUCGAGGCAGCAUUUUUGCAGAAAGGGUGCCACCAUACUGUGAUAGAUAUGCUCUCCUGCGAGCCGCCUCCCUGCCAGACGAUGCCCCCUACUCCGUUUUUGUCGGCUUCUAUGAAGAACCCCUUGAAGACGGGGUGGACAUACACAUGUUUCCAGGCGAGACCGUCUGCUUCAGGUGGCCAGGCCUUCGCCACGAGCAUACCAUUUCCAUGACACAAAUGCUGCAGGACCCUGCCCCAUGGCGUGGCACUCCUCCUUUUCCAGCGCAGGAGCCUGCAGGGGUCUACUGCCUAGUCAGUGAGUACGGAGAGAGUCUGCUCCAGGCUGCUCAUAUGGACCCUUUUCGCUACAGGCGGGCCAUAGCCCAAACUGCCCGGCUAAGUUUGGAUAGUUUGGCCACCUUUCCGGCACGGCCCAGAUCCAGUAACACCGCCAUUGCUGGAACCACCUGCCGCACAGUGAUCGCAGUUGCGGAGAGACCGGACGGCCCUGGCAUCUUGCACUCCUUGACUGCCGUGUCCUGCUCACAGGUUGGUCGGGCCUCCGCCUGGGAUCUGCUUGAGGCCCUCAGACAUGCCAUACCGGCUGGUUGGCUGCCAUAUUUUGAUCUCGAGCCGGAUGCUCAUGGCUUCCUAUCUCUUGAGCCUGGACAGGUGAUUCGUGUGCACACCCAUCCAGACAGGCCAGCUCCUCUGCGACCUGUUGCAGCAAGACUCACACAAGCAGUAUACGAAGCCAGGGACAUCCCGAUCACAGGCAAUCAGGUCCCUUUUGUCGUCUAUACUCCAGAGACCAUUGCCGAGUUCGUUGAAGUCUCUCUCAUACCGGGCUGCGGCACCAGGGAUGCUCUAGCCUGUCUCAAUGCGAAGCGAGGGCCGGAGGCAUACUCUUUCUUCCCAGGACUUGUUGAGGUCUUUCCACAACCAGACCCAACGUAUUGUACAGUGUUGGCUGUCACACGUUGGCAACCACCAGGGAUCUUUGUGAUGUUUGACUGUCGUCAUUGGGAUGACAGAGCCUUCGCAGCCGUUGUGCCGAGCAAGGUCAACCGACGCUCACUCUUGGCUAUUGCUCAGAUAGAUGUCGAUGCCAAUGCCUGGGUCUAUGUGCGGGACUCACCCUGGCCGCUUGCCGUGGAUUUUGCUGUUACUCUUGCACAUGGUGAUCUUAUCAGCAUCGCCAGGCCUGACCACCCCACGCUUAUUGCUUCAACUCUGCAUGAUCUCCUGCAGCAAGAUACGGAGUGGCCAGCCGGUCUCCCUCCGGGACAUUACGACGGCAGACUCUGGGUCUUGUGCGACCCAGAGCCCUUCCCUCUGCUCGCCCCAGCCCUCACCGAAGACGGUCUUAGGCAGCAAAUCGCGCAAGAGCUUGAGGUGCCGGCCAACUCACUGGUGCUCCAAAACCCCGAGCCCACGGUUUGGGAUCAUGUCAAUGUUGGUCGAGCUUCCAGAGAUGUGCUCCGCACAUGUCCACGACGGAUCGAUGCCACUACGGCGCAAUGCCAGACAAUUGACUCCGCUGCCCUCUUUGCAGCAGCGUGCCAAUACGGGCGGCAGCUUGCCAGGCCUCUCCCCACCCCGUGCCGUUCCCCUCGUGUCGCCGACGUGGGUCUUGGUACCAUAGGGCCAACCCUUUUGGAGGAAAGUGUGCGACAGCCCGGCAAUCAUGCCCUCUUUGAUGCAGCUACUUUGCUCGAUGUUCUGGAAGAACAUUUCCACUCGAGCACGCGUCAGGCUGCUCGGGUACAACAUCCUACCGAUCCAGCCAAGGACAUUGCCAGUUCCGAUGGCCUCGGGACAUGCAGCGAGGACCUCCCUCCCUCCCGGGCCGAAGCCCUCCGCCUGCACGCUCUCCUGCCAGUCACUUCUUACCAGGCCGAUGUGUUACGGCUACAGGAGCUACUGCCUCAGGCUGCUUCGCCCGGACAGUCUGACUGGCUUGAUGCCGACAUCAGCUUUCUGUUGAGCGAUCCCAAGGUUCCUGCCCAUAAAAGGGACCUGUUUGCUAAGAUUCGCACCUGGCAUCAGGUCCCCAAGUCUUAUCUUCCUGAAAGGAUACUCGUGUACUCUGAUGGCUCUACGGUCAUGGACCAACACAGAGCUCACGACUGUGCACCAGGGGCUUGGGCGAUCUCCGCAUGGAUCCAGAGUGCAGGCGAACUCUUCUUGCUCGGGCAGACGAGCGGCACUACCAGGCCUCCAGAAGACCCCUUCCACAUUGGCGAGCUCGGGGACAGUGCUCUUGUUUGUGAGUUAUUAGGUGUGUCUUGGGGUUUGGUUUGGGCACUUGAGUACGCGCCUGCAUGGGGCAUACCUGCACACAUGAUGUAUGACUGUUUAGCCGCCGGACAAGGCACUUUCGCCGAGGUCCGUGUUGCCGGACAGCUCCCCCCCAAUGGGGGAGGCCUUGCCGCCUUUGCGACAUACCUCCGUCAAUUAGCCUCGCAGAGGUUGCCCCUGGGACAUGGCUAUGUGCCGGGGCAUGCGGGAGAUGUCGCGAACGAGCUCUGCGACGAGUUAGCCAAACAUUGCCGCAGACAUCUGCCAACGGCCGACCAGAUUAUGUUACCCUCUUGGCCGGCGCAAGUUUACCAACAUCCCCUCAAGGCGUGGAUGUGGCUCGCAGGUUCUAAUCUUUCUGAUCUUCCCACCCUGUUUGCUUUGGAAGCAGAAGCCUGGCGCCUGCAAAGAGCCCCACUGCUCCCAUCUACAGACCCGUCGAUGGGAUUUGUACCCAGUGUUCAGUCCGGCAACCCCGUUGGUAUAGGGGGGGUCUUGAUGACAUUUAAUGUUCUGUCCAUGUAUGACCCCAAGAGUCAGGCACAGCCAGGACAAGGCCCCGGUAUGCGUGUCACUGCCAAACGUGACCUUCUUAAGCACCAGCUGACACGCCUCGGUGUCUUACUGUUCGGCAUACAGGAGACCAGGAUCUCUAGGACUGAAGUUCUGCCAGACCGGGACUUCAUCAUGUAUCACGCCGCUGCGGAUGCCAACGGACACCAUGGUGUGGCCCUGUGGAUUUCACGACAUGUCUCCUAUGGCAGCUCGGAUAACAAGCCGCUAUGCAUCCGUCCGGAACACGUCACCGUGACCGGUUUUUCUUCCAGACAUCUCACCGUGCAGAUAUCGGCUCCCUUCAUCACGUGGACAGUGCUAGUGGCGCACGCGCCCUCAGAGCCUCCCGCCGCACCUGGUUCUUCUGACAGUUUUUGGGCCCGGUGCAGGCACGACUUGUCAAGGCGCCCUAAAGGCUCGGAUGUGAUAGUCCUAGCGGAUGCGAAUGCUUGGCUGGGCAACAACCCUUCCAGUGCUGUCUCCUCCUUGGAUGCCGAAGUCGAGAAUACGGCCGGGCAGAGCUUCCACCAAUUCGUGUCGGAUCAAGAGCUCUGGCUGCCAUCAACUUUUGCCCAAUGCCACAGCGGCCCGUCCGCCACCUGGACGGCCCCUUCCGGCCACCAGCACCGCCUGGAUUACAUAGCUGUCCCACAAACCUGGUCUCCGGAUGCCCUAUGCUCGUGGGUGCAAGCCGAUUUCGAAGCUCUGCAAUUACACCCUGACCACACUCCUGCAGUACUCCGUUUUCAGUACGAACAGUCCCCCAAGACCAUACACCGGGGCCCUGGGGUAUAUGCCAGACGUGCCAUCCGCCCGACCCUUCCGGCAACACCUGCAUAUCUGACAGCCGUGCAGCAUCUGGUUUGCAGCGCUGCGACCACAUGGGAUUGUCCCAUUGAUGGCCAUUACCAAGCACUUAUCAAGGGCUGGGGUCAGGCUGCUGUUCACCUUCAGGCACCGGUUCGCGCCCGUCCGGUUCAGGCUUACAUACAGCCCGACACGCUCGAACUUGUCGGUCAGCGGAAAGGUCUGCGGGAAUACCUGUGGUGGCAGAAAAGCGGGUACCGCCGUAGACUGCUCCUGCUUGGCUUUGCAGCCCUUUUGCACUCCAGACUAGGCACCUCUUUCUCACCACCAGCGGUUUCGCGAUUUCGCGGGUGGAUGCACGAGGUGCGCUGCAAUAUCGCACAAUUGUCGGACCGUAUUCAUGGCAUCGGUCUAGAACUGCGCGCUGCGGUACGCCGUGACCGUGCAGCCUAUCUUGCUAGCUUAGUCCAGGAAGUCACCCUCGCCGACCUUCGGAACCCUAAGCAUCUGUUUCGUGCUGUCAAGAAGGCCUUUCCGGCUGCAGCCUCCAAGCGUCGUCAGGCGUUUCAGCCCCUCCCCGCUGUUGAAGGACAGGAUGGAAGUCUUGCAAUAGACUCCGCACAGCGAAGGGAGUUAUGGCGGGCACAUUUCGCAGCCCUCGAAGACGGGGAAAAGCUUGAGCCCGGACAGUACCCCAGCGUAUUGUCCAGUCAGAAAGCGGCUAACAGCCUUCGGCGCCCUGAGUUUGACAUCCGAGUCGUCCCCUCCCUGACUCAAGUUGAGAACCUAAUCCUCGGCCUGAAGAGGGGCAAGGCUUGUGGGCAGGAUGGGGUGACGGGGGAACUGCUCCGCGCCGCCCCGGCGCAGGCGGCCCGAGCCCUCUUUCCCAUUUUUACUAAGAGUGUGAUGGGGGUCCAAGAGCCCAUUGAAUUUCGCGGAGGCACCCUCAUGCCGCUUGCGAAGAAAGCCUCCGCAGCAUUCAGCUGUAGCAAGUUCCGCGCCAUACUCCUAUCGUGUGUUCCCAGCAAGAUUCUGCACCGACAUUUGCGUGAGUGCUUGAGCGCUCACAUCGAGCCGUGUGCCCUGCAGGCCGGGGUUCUCCCUGGAGCUAGCACGGAGUCCAUUGCCUUGGCAGCCAGGGCCUUUCAGGCCUGGGCACAACAUAGCGGCCUCACCUGGGCCCUUUUGUUUUUCGAUGUACGCUCGGCAUUUUAUUGCAUUAUCAGGCAGCUCCUCUUGCCAGUAGGGGACAGCGACAGAGCCCUUCAAGCUCUUUUCCAUCGCCUGCACAUCCCUCCCACCGCAUUGCAUGAGUUGAGAGAUCAUCUUGCCAGUCUUGCCACGAUUCCGGCCACCGACUGCAGUGCCCACUUGCAGAAGGUUGCGGUUGACACCCUCCAGGGCACGUGGUUUAGAUUAGACCAAGAUAGUGUUAUCACUCUCACCCAUUGUGGAACGAGGCCAGGUGAUGGCCUGGCCGAUUUACUUUUCGGCUUUGCCUUUAGCGCCUAUCUGCGCUCUUCCGACCAGGCCUUGCAACAAGCCGGCCUAGCCACCCCUACCCCGCCCAGAGAUCCCCUGGAAGCCUGGGACACGUCCGAUGCCCCCCACUACCUGGGCUGUGGCUCCUGGGCGGACGACUAUGUGCACAUGCACGCACAGCGGGGGAGUCAGGAUCUCGGGCUCCGUGUUCAGCAGAUAGUCUCCAUUUAUGUCGGCCGAGCCGACUCCAUCGGCAUGAGCCUGACAUUUGCGGCCGACAAGACUGCUGCACUCCUCCAAUCUCAGGCCGCCAGUCGUGACUCCUCUUGGACAGGGCAACAGGAUGACUCCGGGCCAUAUCUACCCAUAGUCAGCCCAGUCAGCGGGCAGGACUACCGCCUUCCAAUAGUUGAUGUGUACUGCCACCUCGGGGGCAUUGUCACAGCCACUUUGACACCGAGCCCGGAGAUCGGUCUCAGAUACUCCCUAGCGGCGAACACGGUCCGCACCUUACGGCGCAAGUUGUUUGGGUCGCAUCAUGUCCCAAUUGCGACACGUAGGGCACUGCUUCGCUCGCUAGUUCUGUCCAAGUUCGUAUUUGGGAGUGCAAUGCUCAGGUUUGGUUCGGCACUGCACUACCGCACCUGGUGCCGCCAUUAUAUCACAUUGUGGCGAGCCCUCCUUCCGUACAGGUCUGGUGACAAGACGCCACAUGCUUAUACGGUUCUGCAGACAGCCGUUGCCCCCACACCCCCUUUAGCGCUUGCCUUGGCCCGCGCUGUUCUGCUGAGGCAGCUAGUUACCAAGGGGCCAGGAGCUCUGCGCAGGCUCCUUUGGGCACAAUGGCAGGCCGACCCCAAGCAUGCUUGGUUAGCACUUGUUGUCAAAGACCUUCACCAUGUCGCACAGUAUACCCCGGCAGUGCGCGUCGUACUUGACGCCCGGUGCCCCCUACACGCACUGAUAGAGACCGCAGCUGACGAGCCUCUGUGGUGGACCAAACAGGUCAAAAAGGCCGCGCAACUAUGUGCCAGUGACCUGCAGCAUUGGGACCACUCUGCGUACGCGAAUCUCGCCUGCCCUGGGGAAGCCGACGCCCCACCUCAGUCACAGUUAGACCACCCAUCGCCGCCUACCUUCACCUGCGAACACUGUGGCGCAGCCUUCUACCUGCGCAAGCACCUCUCGGUCCACCUUGCCAGACGCCACGGCGUGAUUGCCAUAACACGCCAGCUGGCACCGACUUCGGGAUGCUUGGCGUGUAUGAAACAGUUCGGCAAUGUUGAGCGGGUUCAAUAUCACCUCAAAAGCUCGCCGAACUGUUUGCGUCGGGUUGCCAUGCUGAUAAGGCCCCUAACGUUAGAGGAGGUGCAAAUAACGGAGAAGGGUUUUAAGGACCAGGCUCGCAAGGUAGUCAAGGGUAAAUGGGAGCUCUACACAGCCCCCAAGACCGUGUCCGUUGCAGCCGGACCACCUCUGCUAACGGCCCAGGAAAGGGUAGAGGCGGAGGGUGAAGACAUGCUGCUUUCGAUCCUUUCUCGCUUGCAUCAUCCCUGCCCAACCUUCCUCCAAAGAGUGGAGGAGUACAUCUCCGGUCGCUCCGUUGAAGGCCCGCGCAACAGUGCCGCAGGCUUCUGGGACUCAGGCGACGCUCUGGCCGUGGCUGCGGCUGUCGGACAGAAGGCAAAGAGCCGGCAGGUUCAGAAGACCACGGACAAGGCCUGCUGGGUGCAGACCGAAAAAGAAGCCGGCGAGAUCACUUGCUGCGCGAUUCUCUGUCAUCGCGGCGAGGCCCUUGACAAAGCAUCAGCGCAGCAGCAGGCCAAGAAGCAGCGCGUUGGCGCAGAUGUGAAGCCAACAGUCUCGUUAGACGAUGCCGCACAGAAAGCAGCCGACCGCCGCUGGGAGGUAAAAGACUGGAGUGACACUUCCGCCAUUGGUCCCUCUGAGCGCACCGGCAAAGCACCCGAGCUCAUGAAGGAGGAAGGAAAGGUCUUCGACAUCAACGAGCUGGAUGGAACGGCUCAGUGGCGCAUGAAGAACUACGGUACUGCGCAUUUCCGAGGUGGUGAGAACUACAUGAGCAAGGAAGAGAAGAAAGGUGUGAAGGGCAAGAAAGGCAAAGGAAAGGGCAAGAAGGGCAAGGGCAAAGGCAAAGGAAAAGGAAAAGGCAAGAAGCGGAAGAAAGGUGAGGAUGACGAAGACGACGGAGACGAGGGAGAGUAUGAGGAGGGCGACGAAGGGGAGUGGGAAGAGGAGGGCGACAUCACUGGAGACGAGAAAGAUGAUGGCGAACCGGGUGCUGGCUGA